GGCCAAGGAUAGGGAUAAGAUAAAGUAAUAACUUUCCGAGCUAUCUGAGGCAUUUAUUCAUAGCAGUGAUGCUCAGAUAAAUACAUGGGAUGUAGAUAGAGUGCGAUAGUGCCGGGGAGAAUCUCUGUAAUUAGUUCCACCUUUGUUUUGUUUGCGCAGUAUCGAUAGAUUCUGUAAGUGUGAGGGCGAGGAAUCUGACUGAGAGAGAUGGUGACCAGGCAACAAUCCGUAUCGUUUACCGAUGAAGACUCGAAGGAGGUUAAGAUUUACACGUUUUCAGAAGGUGACCCCAAAGGAAAAGAAAAAGAAGAACGUAAACUGAGUCUAUGGAGACAGGACUUGAAGAGACCUGGGCAAAUUGCACGACGUACAGCAAUUGAGUUUGUUGGUACCACAUUCCUCAUGUACUUCGCCGCUACAACCUGUACAGGGUUCCCAGAUAACGCCAAUGUCCUCCACAAAUCCCUGACCAUGACAUGUACAUACGCUACCCUCAUCCAGGCUCUGUCUUUUACUGGAGGAUGCCACCUGAACCCGAUGGUUACUAUCGCAUUUGCAGUGCUGGGGAAGAUCUCUUGGGUUCGAAUAAUGGCCUACACUAACGCUCAUUAUGUAGCUGCGGUUCUGGGUACUUACAUUUACAAGAUAACUACACCGGAGGAUAUGCAGGGGUUUGCCUUGUGUGCAAACAGACUGAACGAGGACGCGGGGGUGACCUGGUGGCAAGGGCUGAUUAUAGAAGCUGUCGUGACCGCUGCCAUGACCUUGGUCGUGCUCACGGUCACAGACGAGCGGGGAAGGCUACUGCCCGGCGGCUCCGUGGUCAUAGGACUGGCCUACGGUGCAGGACAUCUCAUGGCGAUUCCAUACACAAGUGCAGGCAUGAAUCCCGCACGUUCCCUGGGUCCUGCUAUUCUGGCGAAAUACUGGAUACACAACUGGGUAUUCGCUUUUGGUCCACAGAUCGGUAUCAAAUUUGCAGCUCUUGCCUACUGGCUGUUGAACAAACGAGCGGAGACCCCUGCGCCUACCGCCGCCGACCAGCCCGUCAAGGGGGACGAGCAACUGUGAUCCCUGUAAUAGUGAUGUUAAAAAGGCGAUCGUUCACAAAAAUUGUGUGAGAAUUGUGUAUCACAAUAAUGUCCUUAACCAAGAACAUGACUUUACAGCUAUGAUUUUGACAUGUAUUUAUGAGUUUAUAUCUGAAAUCUACUGAGGAAAAUUUUAAAUAUUGUUUUCCGAGCUCAGUUGAAUAACAGUUGAUCAAGACCUAAUGAGGAUAAUGAAAUAAAGCGAAGGACAGAAAAUCCGAAAAGUACAGAUUAAGGAUCUAAGUGUUGCUAAACUACAUAUUAUACGAACAUCGUGAUAUGGUAAUCUUUUAUAACAUAAUUUAUACAUACAUAUUUCAUUAUUUGACAUGGUGUAUACAUAACGUUGUAUUUUUUGGAUGUUAUAAUAUCCAGAGUUCUAGUGUUCGUUAUGUAUAUGGUAUUCGGGAUUAAAUUAAAUUUUGGUAGAUUUUUUAUAUUGAUAAACUUAAAAAUGUUCUGACUUUUACUGAAAGUGUUGAAGGAACAAAUAAUAACAAUUUCUCUUUAUGGUUAAUGAAGUUAUGUAAUGAUUAAUGAAACCCCUACACUAAGAAUUUAGAACCAGUCUUCUGAAAAAUGCGUUUAGGCUAAUAUUUUUAGUUUUGCGACUAGAUAAGAACAAAUAUUUCUUUUAGGUUUGGCAUGGUCAAAAUAUGCAAAAUUUAAUAUUAUUUGGAUUUAUGAAAAAUAAAUUAACAAGAGAAACUGUUGUAUCAUAAAAGUCUUAAUGUUUUGCCGACGUACAAAUACGUUUUACUUAAAAUUUAAUCUACUGUUGGAUAAUGUUCUUUAACCUUAUAUUUCUUUGGUAUUAAAUACAAAUGGAUAAUUAAAAGUAAUCGUGAAUGUAAGGCAAGGUACUAUACAAAUCUGUAAUAAAGCUAGUAGCCGAAACAAAAUAUUAGUACUAAAGGAUUUCUUUAUUGAGAACAUAAUACGAAUAACUUGUGCAAUACAUUUUUAAGAGGAGUUUUAAUUUACGACAAAGUGAGGAAAAAUGCACAUUAUAUGAACCUAUUGUUUUGUUAUUUUGAGAGUUAGUAUAUUAACAUGCAUACAAUUACUCAUAUUAUUUGUUCAAUAAGCAAAUAAGGUAACAUGUGUAUCGAUUGAUAGUCACAAGAUUUUAAACAUUUCAGUACCCUUUAUAUUAGUUUAUCUAAUACAUGUAGUUUGACUUGACUUGUUAAUGUGUCAUGCAAGCUAUAGUGUUUUUAUAAAGAAAUACAUUUUUUAUUAUUUUA